AUGAAGCGGUGCGCUGGUGCCAACGCCAACACCUCAUGUUUGCGUGUUGGUCGGGUGUUGGACUUGCUGGAUGCUCUGAAAUCCAAUCGAGGCAAAAUCAAGCAGAUAUGCAAAGCAUCAGGCGUCGCCGGCGCAUCUGUGGUCGUCAUCGAUCACGGCGAAACGAUCUUCAAGGAAAACUUCGGAUACCGCCACAUCGCCAACAAGGAGCCUGUCACAUCCGACACGAUUUUUCGUAUCGCUUCCUUGACCAAAAGCUUCAUGGGAGCUUGUAUUGACCGACUGAGAGCCCAAGGAAAACUUUCGUUGGAUGACCUUGUUCAGAAGCAUCUCCCGGAUGCUAAGAGUCACGAUCCCGUGGUUGCCGCAACGGCAACCAUUGCCGAUCUUCUGGGUCAUCGGACAGGGCUCCAAAAGGCCGACCCCCUAUGGCUAGGCGCCGGUGUUUGCUACAACAAUAUUGCCUACGGCGUAUUGGGCAAGAUCAUUGCGAAGAUCACCGGCCAGCCCUACCAUAUCUACUUGCAAGAAACCAUUCUGAGCCCUCUCGGUAUGACGCGCACGGUUGUGACGAAGGACAACGGCCUCCCAGAAAAUUCGUCGCUGGCGUAUAGCACUUUGGACAACGGCAAGCCAUACAAUGUCCCUCUCCCUGGCAGCAGCGGGAGCACUGCAAUGGGCUCCGCUGGAGGUUUGCUGAGCAGCGGGAACGACUUGUCCAAGUACUACAAGGCACUCAUGGCCGCAUGGAGUCGCCGUAUCAGCAGAGACAAGGAAGCUGUUUUCAGCGAUAUCUCGUGGAUUUUUACGCCGCUGCGGAUCAUGGAAACACCAGCACUUCGAGAGAAGAGUUAUACGUCAGGGUGGGUCAGAAGUCAGCUCCCUACCACCGUCGGUAAUAUGGGUGUCAACCCCGGGCUUCUGGAGAAAAUGCCCGUCCUCUCAGACGGCAUCAAGCCUCGAUUGGCGCUCUGGCAUCAAGGAAGCCUUGUGGGCGCAACAUCCUUCGUCAUGAUGUUCCCAGAGACGGAGUCUGCGGUUUUGGUCCUCACCAACACCAUGGCGCUCAACGAUGCUGCUGACUGGAUCGGACAGCUUCUUGUCGAGACGCUGCUAGACAGCCCCAUCCGCAAUUAUUACGUCGGCUUUGCCUCCGAAAGUGCAGAGCAAGCUCUGAAGCUGUACGCGAAGCUCGGGAGGAAAGUAAAGGCCGGAAGAGCGCCCCAGGGACCAGGUAGACCGCUGAGCAAUUAUGUUGGGCUAUAUGUUGGUUUCGCGGGCUUCUUUUGCAUCGAAGUUUUAAAUGAUGACAAUGGGCUCGAGAUUCUCUUCCAAGGACGUCAAUCGCAAAACUACUCACUACAACACCACCACCACGACACUUUCACCUGGUUCAUGUCACGGGACGAGCAAAUCAAAAGAGUGCGGUUUGUCAGCUACAAUCCCGCCCUUUAUUUCAUUCGCUUUAACGAAGAAGAGGGUAGAGGAAUCACCGUGUUAAACUGGGCAUUUGAUGCAGGAGCACCUGGAGGCGAGGACUUCUUCAAACAGUGA